CGGUCGGAAACUGAGGGAAAUAUUUGUGGACAAUCUCUGACAAAUACCGGGAUAAAUCCUGAGAAAAAAGGAGAACAUUUAUACAGUGCCAACCUUCAUAGCAUACUGAUGAAGAGAUACAUAUCAAGAAGACACGACCAACACUGAACACUGAUUCUUUCAAGGAAUUUCCACCUGCAUAGGGUUUAACCUACAGCAUGAAGAAACAAGCAAAGACGCCCGCGUCUUCUGGUAAACCACCUCCUUCAAGCAGUAGCCAAUCAAAAGCCCCAUUGGAAAAAACUAACCCUGACCCUACAAAUGGUCACAAGAGGGCGCCAUCUGUUGAGAAACAAGUAUCUCCUAUUGGAUCGAAAUUAUCGAAAAAUCUAAGCAAGAGUCAUGACAAUUUAGCGAGUACUUUACGUCGAAAAGCAAACAUUGCAUCGUUGAUGCAAACUCGACCUACGUCAAGUCUUGGGAUACAACCUGAGAAAGAUCUCCGUGGAAACAAGGAAAAUCUGCAGUAUAAAUCAACACCAAGAAAAAUGCAACGAAAUGGUGCUCCAAUACGUAAGGCAUCUAGUACGCAAAAUAUGGAUAAAGUAGGUACGCCAGCAAGUGAGAAAACUCCAGUGUCGAUACGAAAAGCUUCUAGUACUCAGAAUAUGACCAAGAAAGGGUCAACGCGGCAGAGAUCUUCUGCGCCCGCUAAUGUUAUGGCUUAUAAUGCUGAACUUUUAGCCAGUUUUGAAAAAGAAAAAAUGGCUCUAGAGCGACGCAUCUCUGAACUUAUCCAGAUUGCAGAAACUAGGAAGGCAGAUACUGAAAAAUUGAAAUAUGAAGUAAAAAAUCUUCGCGAGCAAGUCCCAUCUAAGGAUAAAGUUGAAGAGAUUGAGAUGACAAAAUCUGAAAAUAAACAACUAAAAGAUCGUCUGCUUGAACUAGGAAUAAAAAUCGAGCAGACAGAUGCCGAAAAAUUAUCUCAAUUGAAUAAAAAUAAAUCAGACGAUACUGACAAUGCUGAUGAUUCAGGCGAUCAUCGUAGAUCUGAUUCAAUCGAGAAAUCCAACACUGGAACAGGGGAUUCGAUCGAUGAUCUCGAUAGAUGUACAAUUGGUACUCCCGAUCAUCCCUCGUCUAUUUCGCUGGAUAAUUCUAACUGGGAUAAACAAAGUAAUAAAAGUAGUGAAGCUACGAGUGAGAUAUCGGUUGCGUGUUUGCACGAUCGGAUUUUACAAAUGGAGGAGACGCAUUAUAGCACGAGCGAGGAGCUUCAAGCGACAAUACAAGAAUUAACCGAACUACAAGAUACUGUUAACUGCCUCCAAAAUGAGAAUGAUAAACUGGCAGAUGAGAGAGCCGUACUUUUAGAAUCAUUAUGCUCACAGACUGAAAAACUUGAAAAUGGGCGAAUGCAAAUUGAGCAUUUGAAAAAUCUCCUUUGGGGUGGGAGCGAUACCACCUGUUCCCCUGGGAAUUUAUCCGAGAGAGAACUCCAGCUUAUUGAGUUGAUUAAAAGUGCACAAAUUGAGCGUGAUGAGUUAUUUCUCAAACAGGAUGAAUUGAGUAGUGCGUUGCAUCAUUACGAAAGAGACAACAACGAAAUGCAAGAUGCAGUCACCGCACUGCGCGAUAAAGUCCUCAUUCUUGAAUCUAAAAAUGAAAGCAUCUCCGCAGAUAAGAAAGUACUCGACAAACAAUUAUUGGAAUAUAAAGAAACAAUUGCCAACGAUCAAGUUGAGAUUCAACGCUAUAAGACUCUUUUGGAAAAUGAGAGGUCAAAGGUCGUUGAAUUAGAGCAAUAUCGUAAUGCGACUGAUAAAUCUGAGUUAGAGGAGUUACUUGAUAGUGCCAGAGAGGAGAAAGACAGGGCAGAAGAGAAGCUAGCUGAUGUACAAGAGAGUCUUGGCCACAGUCAAUGUGAGGUAGACAAACUAAGGGAAGAGCUAUCUGUACUCGAACAUGAACUCAACGUCAUCAAAAACAACGCAAAAACCGAAAAGAGUGAUUUCCGAUACAAACUAGAAAAGAUGAGAGAAGAUAGGAGUGAACAACAGAAUGAGAUGGAUGCAUUACGUGAACACAUUGACCAAUUAGAACAGGACUGUGAUGGCUACUUAGAAGAGAAGAAAUCCUACAAUACAUCUGUGCAUAAACUAGAAUCAGAACUGAAGCUUUAUAAACAGAAGCAUCGGGACCUUGAACAGGAGCUUAUUGAUCAAAGGAUCAAGCAUGAGGAGGAAAUAUCAGACUGGAAGCAAUUCCAAAAUGACCUGCAGACAGCUGUUGUGAUUGCCAAUGACAUUAAGACAGAAACUCAAGAGGACAUGGAGACUCUACAGCAGGAUAAUGCUGAUCUGAGAGAGAAGGUUGAAAAGCUUUCAGCUGAGUCUAAAUCCCUAAAAGAUGAAAACGAACGUCUUAAAGCUGGCAAUAAGUUAGCUGACAAUACGGGAGCACGAGAUCGAGCAAAAACUAUCCUUGAUCGUGAACUUGCUGCAAUCAGAAGCCGUAAAUUAAGUUCCACAUCAGAUGGGAAAAAGAACGAAAAUGCGAGUGUGAAAACUUUGAUCGCAAAUCUUGAGGACAAACAGCCCUUGUCGCCCACAAUAUUGUCUUCUCGGGAAGGGUCUUCAAGGCGAAGUUCCGUCGAUAGCAACAUCAGUACAGGAAGUCUCAAAGUGCCCGAUUCUCCCUGUAGUCCAGUGGCACCCUCUACCGCAGAGCUACGUAGAAGUAGCGCACCGGGUGAUACUCAUUUGAAAUCAAAAAUUAAUAUGAGAUCUAGUACCGAUAGUAAACCUCCGAUAACACAUCGUCAUACAUACUCUGACGCUAUCUAUGAAAAGUCACCCAAAGGAAAAGCAAAGCCCGAAGAAAGUAAGCCAGUGACACCUAUUGGGAAGACUUCAAAGUCAGAAACAGAUGGAGGAACACCUAAGAAAUCACCAGCACUGACAUCUAUACUUGCAAACAAACCCCAACUUAGUUCAGUGAGACGAAAUAGCAUCAGUGAAACUGAGAAAGACCCGCUUGCAGAACUAGUCAAGAAAACUGGGGGCUCAAAGCGCAAUGCUCUCCUCAAAUGGUGCCAGAGGAAAUCUCAAUCAUAUACAAAUAUCGAUAUAACAAAUUUCUCAAGCAGUUGGAAUGAUGGACUUGGAUUCUGUGCAAUCAUACAUUCCUAUCUCCCUGAUAAAAUACCAUAUAAGGAGUUAAAUACAGAGACAAAACGGCAAAACUUCACAUUGGCGUUUAAGGCAGCUGAAAGUGUCGGGAUUCCUUCUUUAUUGCAAGUCAAUGAUAUGGUUGCUAUGGAGAGACCAGAUUGGCAAACAGUUAUGGCGUAUAUCACCAGCAUUUACAAACACUUUGAAAUUGACAGCAAAUGAUGUGUCAAGGUCAACAAUGAUGUGUCAAU